UGUCACUGUUAAUGUCAAUUGGAAUUUUGGAAUUCUGCAUACUGGAAAGUGAAAACCAAAAAGAAAACACGAUUAUCUCUCGAACCAUUUCAAUUUUCACUGAUUUUACGCGUUUAAGAAGUGAUUUAACUUAAGUGUCUAUAUUAACAGAAGAAGUAAAUGGCUGGCUUCACGGAAAAUGCGUUGAUUCGAAAACUGCAGGACUUGAAUUCUAGCCAACAAAGUAUUCAAACACUGUCACUGUGGCUUAUACAUCAUAGAAAACACCACGCUGCCGUAGUUAAAACAUGGUAUAAAGAAUUACUGAAAGUAAAAGAUAGUAAACAACUUACAUUUAUGUAUCUGGCUAAUGAUGUAAUACAAAAUAGCAAGAAAAAAGGUCCUGAAUAUGGAAAAGAGUUUGGUGAAGUAUUAGUAGAUGCAUUUAAACUUAUGGCAAAAACUGGUAUUAAUACAAAAACUAAACAUUCCCUGCAUAGGAUAUUGGGUAUAUGGGAAGAGAGAGGGGUAUAUGAUGCAAAUAAAAUUCAAGAAUUUAAAGUUGCUGUUGAUCCAAACGAUGCGAUUCCAAGUAAAGUUAGCAAACGAAAGUCUAUCGAUACAGAGCCAAAGGACCCAGAGAAGAAACCAAAGUUGGAGAGUCGCGAAAAGGGCGAGAAAAGACGGUAUAGUGAGACCAAAGUUGAAGUGGAUGGAAAAAUUGAAACUCACAUCACACUUAGCCCAAAGACACCUCCUGGUGACCCACCAGAACCUGAAGAACUGAUUAAGGCGUUGUUAGAAUUGGAGUCAAGCGCCUCAAGCGAUGAAGCAGUGAGGGAAAGAAUCGCCUCCCUACCACCGGAAGUCUCCGAAGUGCAAUUAUUGUCGAAAUUGGAAGAUAAAGAGGCAGCCCUAAACCUUAGUACAGUAGUUAAUUCGGCGGUGGAACUACUCGCCGCAUACAAUUUGCGUCUCGCAGACGAACUCGACAAAAGGCGGAAAGUGGCUGGCAUGUUGAGGGACUUCGCCCAAGCGCAACGCGAUCUUGCCAAACACGCGGAAGCGAGGCUUGAGGAGUACAAUAUAAAACUCCAGAAGUUGUAUGCUGUGAAAGCGGAAGUUAAAUCUCACAUUGAGAGCCUUCCAGAUGUGUCUCGUCUUCCAGAUGUUACAGGUGGUUUGGCGCCUCUACCCUCCGCCGGCGACUUAUUUAGCAUUUAGCUAACUGAAUCACGGAAUAGAUAAAUGAUUCAAGGCUUAUUGAUUCAACUAAAUUGUAGGCACCAAAUGUGUGACGCGAGUUAUCCUAUACGAUAUAUACAAAUGCGAUUACUAAAAUAAAAAAUAAAGCUAUAUAAAUAGCUUUUUUUCAAUUUAUCUACUCUGUGGUAUUAUAUUUUCAGAAUGAAAAGCUUUCGCUGAUAAAUUGUAGUGUCUAUAUUACCAAUCGUUAUUGCUACGAGUCGUUUUUCGACAAAUUGCUUGCCUUUCAUGUUACUAUUCGUAGCAAUUCGCUAGUAACACUUAACCAACUUAAACCCUCUUUUAGGAAAAAUAGUUCCUCAAAUUAGUAUUUAAACUAGACGCGUGAAGGUUGAUUCAUGUGGAUGGUAUUAUGCAAUACAUUAGUAUUUUAAAAGUCUAAAACAGUUUAGCGAUUAAAAAUAAAACUGUAAGGAAAAAUGACUCUGUGGACUGAUUUUCAGCAGCUUAUAUUUCUACAUACUCGCUUUUUAUGUAUCACAUUGUAUAUGUCGGAGUAAAGGUUUAAUUACACAGUUAAUUAAAUCUCUAGACAGUUAAUUAAAUAUCGACAUUCUACCAAGUCGCUAGUCGCAUUUUGAUUUAAUUGCGUCCAAAACGUUUAAGUAUCUGACUGAAAGCUAGUAUCUUGAUCCUUAACUGUCUAGAUAUUCAAUUAACUCUCUGAUUUAACUACUUUACUGCGACAUAUAAACGCGGAUGCUUGCCAGAUCCAUGCUAGUUCGAUAGAAAGUCCCCUCAGGAGUUGUAUGCGAAUAUUGCGGGCAUACAUAGAGCUGGUUAGUUUUGCGCCUUAAGAUAUGCUUUCUAACAUAUUUUCAUUUAUAUCUGACUGUUCUCAUUUUAACAUGUAUGAUGUUUGUGAAUAAAAAUAAAAUUUUAAAAUAGUGCAUGAAACAUAUUUUGUUGUACAAAAUAUAAUUUAAAGAUUAAAUUUUUUAGAUUGAACUGGUUUGCAAAUCACGAAUUAACGCACGGCCAAGAAUUUAGCACAGAUUUUUAAUAGAAAGCACAUUUUUUAUUCAAUUACACUUUGACUAUUGACAUACGCCAAUACUCUGGCGUAUGUCAAUUUAUUAUAUCAAUAGCGAUAGCGACUUCAAUUUUGAAUUAGUGUACGCGAUCACGACGCGCAGGAUAAGACGAGCUAUUGAACUCGAAACGAAUCUAUCUUGCAAUGCAUAAGAUUCAUAAAUUUCAUUUUCAUUAUUAUAAUCAUUAUACAAUUAUGUCGCCUGUAUAAUUGCAUUAUACCAUCCUAUAGGUAUUUAUCCGUUUAAGUAUUACGUAAGCACAUUUACUGCCGUUUAUACUGAAAGCUCUCAAAAAUAAUAGUACAUACGUAUUAUUUUUUGUAGGUCUCUUGUAAUCUUUGAAAAUGCACUUCGUUUUCAAGCAUUGGCCAUAGACAAUGUGUCACAAAGUUUUGUGUCACAAAGUAAACAAUUACUGUUGACGUAAUCACCAAAUAAGAAAAUCAAAGAUCACACACACCACAACAGUGUUUACGUAAUACUUGAACGAACUCAUACGUUUAAAUUGGAAUGUUUUGGUUUGAUGUAUUAUAAGCAAUAAAGUAUCGACUGACACGAAUGUUCAAUUUGUAUUAGUAAAAAGUGCUCUUACGUCGUAAUAUAAGAAUGUUUUUAUUAUUAUUUGUAAAUAACCUAAAAUCAUUCAAUUCUGACAUGUCAACUAUACUCAGAGUUGUCAAAUAUUGACAUUUUCAUGCCGCUUUGAAUAUCAUUUUUGAUUAUAUAUUAUGACUUUUUAAUUUUGGACAUUAUUAAUGUUAACAGUUAAUUAACGACUUCGAAUGUAGCAAUUUUAGGGACUAUAUUUAAGAUGCAUUUUUUAGUUUAGUGUUAUGGCUAUUUGUGAUUUUGUUUGACCAAAUUGUAGUUGCCCCACGAUAUUACAAAAUAUACAUAUUGUUAUUACAA